AUGACACCCAGUAAAUCAAACUAUCAUGCAUCCGUUAUGAUACCACUGUCAUCGCCAUCCACUUCACCAAAUGGUGGAAAUGAUGUACAUCAUUCUACAAGUACUUCACCCAAUAAUAAUGAUGAUAGUGAUCAUGUCAAUAGUAACAAUAAUCAGACAGCUCUAACACUACCGGAUGUAACCAAGAGUAGUCUAUUGAAUGAAAGUGUCGAUAACAAUCCACCGUCGUGCAGAGCAUCCAUAAACAGUUCAUUGGAGACAUUGGAUGUAAUAUCCGAUCAAAGUUCUGUUGUCGAUGAAGAUGAUAAACUACAUGUAUUCUAUCAAGAAAGAUUCGAUAUGGAAACACCACCAAGCUCGUUACAUCAACAAAUUCAACAACAAUUACAACAACAACAACAUCAACAUCAACAAGUACCUGAUUUACAAUUGGAAACAACAACAUCAACAACAAAUGAUAAAGAGAUAAUGGUAGAGAAUGUGACCGAUGCAUUGUUAUUACAACAGUUGGACGAUUCUCUGGAGAGUCCAAUCAUUAUUCCAGAGACUAAACCGGUUGAGAGAGCUUCAGUUUCAAUUCCAAGUCUCGAAUUGAACAACAGCAAUAAUAAUAUUAAUAAUAGUAAACUAAAACCAUCGCUACCUCCAAGAAAUCCAGAUUUAACUGUUGUUUCUGAAGCAACCAUAUCCGACUCACCAAGAGUGUCUCCUAUUAAACCAGUUGUUAACAAACCUUCUCCAUUUGUUGCAACAGCAAUCAACAACAAUAAUAAUAAUAAUACUACACCAACAAGACCAACAGCCAAACCAAUUGCAAAAUCAAUGCCAACAUCACCAAUCAAUCAAUCACCAACGCUCACCUCUGCAAACUCCACUCCGACCAACACUACGCCUAGAUCAACAUCACCAUCGACCGUUGUUGCCUCAAAAACAGUUCAAAUUGGUGGACCCGAUUCUCCAAUUAAAGUAUCACUUCGAAAAACAUCAGCUCCACUUCCUUCCAACAACAACAACAACUCUGCACCAAACAGUUUACAAUCGCCAUCGUCUGGAGCGUCUAAUGAUUCACCCAGAAAAGAACAAGGUGCACCCUCUCAAGUUAGACCAAGAGCUCAAACGAGCAAGGCUCCACCAGAACUCAAAAAGAGUCAUACCGUCAAUAGUCUUUCAGAUCCAAAGCUGAUCGCAACCAACGAUCAUUCUCCAUCAGUGUCAUCAUUAAUCUCUGUUUUUGGUGAAAAGAUACAAAGAAGAGGUUAA